AUGGCUCUUUGCCUAGCAAAUUCACUGGUGGCGCGUCGUUGUUUUGAACCAUACGAUCAAUUGCUACGUUAUAAAUGGUGGUUUAGAUAUGGGUAUAUGUCAUCGACAGGAAACUGCUUUGAUAUUGGUGAGAGUACUAGAAAAGCACUUCGUAUGUUUGAAAGGCAACAAAAAGCAUUCGCUAAAAAACACAAUAUUCCAUUGGAAGGAAUGAAUUUUCUGUCACAUCAGCAACUUCUCGCAGACUUUCCUGUGAAUUGUAGCGAAGAUGGAGCUGCUGGCAAUGGUGUACUUAUGCGUUUGGCACCUGUGCCUCUAUUUUUCUAUCGAAAACCAUUAGUUGCUAUUGAAAACUGUGGAAUCAGUGGUCAUAUUACUCAUGGAGAUAACAGAGCUUACGAUGCAUGUCGUUAUUAUGGAGCUCUCAUUGUAGCCGUUAUGCACAAUCCAGAGAAUCCGCUUUUCCCCCCUUGUUCAAACCUUCAUCCUCUUUGUCGUAUCUGA